UGGCGGCCGUCCAUUAGCUCGGAGUCUACCCUUGUCUACACUUGCCGGCCGCUCAUUGGCCAGGAGUCUACACUCUCCUCCGAAGUGUAGACAAUAGCGGCCUCCCAUUGGCGCGGAGUCUACAGUUCCCUAGAGCCCUCCCCCUCCCCGACGUUCGCACAAGAAGGAGCAGAGAAGAGACUCCUCACAGCACCAGCUCAGGAGACACAUCUCAUCCACUGAGCCUCGUUAGCUGCUGCUUCACUCCCCGUUAGCUGCUGCUUCACUCCCCGUUAGCUGCUGCUUCACUCCCCGUUAGCUGCUGCUUCACCCCCCUUUAGCUGCUGCUUCACUCCCCGUUAGCUGCUGCUUCACUCCCUGUUAGCUGCUGCUUCACUCCCUGUUAGCCGCUGCUUCACUCCCUGUUAGCCGCUGCUUCACUCCCCGUUAGCCGCUGCUUCACUCCCCGUUAGGCUCCCUGUUAGCCGCUGCUUCACUCCCCGUUAGCUGCUGCUUCGCUUCACUCCCCGUUUGCCGCUGCUUCACUCCCCGUUAGCUGCUGCUUCACUCCCCGUUAGCUGCUGCUUCACUCCCCGUUAGCCGCUGCUUCACUCCCUGUUAGCUGCUGCUUCACUCCCCGUUAGCCGCUGCUUCACUCCCCGUUAGCUGCUGCUUCACUCCCCGUUAGCUGCUGCUUCACUCCCCGUUAGCCGCUGCUUCACUCCCUGUUAGCUGCUGCUUCACUCCCUGUCUCCUCUCGUCUGAGCACAACUCACUUCCUCUCUCCAUCUCCAUGGUGUCCUCCUGCUGAGUUACACACUGACACAUGUCCAUCUCCUGUCCUCACCUUUCAUUAGUACAGCUCAUGUAUAUAUUAUAUAUAUUAAUAUUUGACAGACACAAUCACUCGUUUUGUAUUAUAUUUCACUAUGCACCUUAUUUCUCACUGUUUGAAUUUUAUAUUUUACAGGUGUUUUUACUGUUGUGCUUGCUGUGUUCUUUGUAUAUAUUUAGCAGAUGCAAUCAUUCUUUUUCCAGUUCAUGACAUAUCUUUAUGCACCUUCUUGGAAACUACUUACUAAUUACUUCCUUAAUUUGCAAAUCACAAAUGUCACAACUCAUCAAAAUCUUGUUUUGUGUGUAUAUAGAUAUAGGCUAUAUGCACUCGUUACCUCUGUCACAGGCUUAAUAAUUCUCUUGCACUACGAGCUUGAUGCCUUUUACAUUGAUCUCCAGGACAAGGCUUUAUAUUCUAUCUAUACGUUAUGUAUAGCCAGCAGAAUAAACUGCCCAGUGCGUGAAAACACUUGUUAUGUUAUUAUGUCAUCAUUUACAAAUAUAGUAUGAAAUGAAUGCCUGGGGAAAAAGUCCCAAAACACUUUAAACACUUUGGUGAAUAUUCUUUCAGGUACAGCCAGCAGCAGCAGACCGUCUGCGGACCCAUUGCUGCCCGUGCUGCCCAUUCUGGACCCCACUGUGCCCCUGGACAGGCAGCAAUGUGUCCUGAAGGCAACCAAAGAGGCCAGGGCCUUUCACAGGCCCAAAGGCUUCCAAGCCAGCGCCGGUCCCAAGGACCUUCAGACGGCUUGUGAUGAAGCAAAAAGAAGAUGCCGGCUCAUCACUACUACCAGGCCCUCAAUGAAGCUCUACCUUGGCCAGCUGGUUAUUCCCUUUGGGAAAUAUGCUGGUCAAAGCUUCAUGUGGCUGGUAGCGAAUGAUGUGGGCUACUUAAAAUAUCUGCUUGACCGCCAUGUUGCGGAGAGCCAGGACCCGGGCAGGACAGGAGGAACCAGGGAGAAUGACUGGGUGAAGGACUGUCUCCGUUAUGUGGAGUUUUUCCCCUCAGUCUCCUGCCACCUGGAGAAAAAUGUGGACAGGGCCAUUUAUGGACAGGGUCGCUUUAAGUCCUUCACCUUUCAGGAGAUGUGGCAGUGGUACAGCCUGCACAAGUGCCUUCAUGCCGACCCUCAAGCUGGUGUAACGGUGUAAAUAUGUUGUUUGUUAAAUCCUGUUCAAUGUGGGACAGCAGUCACUGUUUUUAUGUAUUUCUUUUAUUUUGCCGUGUCUUUUAUUUUGAAAACCUAUCGCGGGAGCUUCUGGGGGAUUAGGUCUGGCGCACUUUGUUUUUACCUCAGAAGCAGGUGCUCGUGCUAUCGGUAGGUUGUCUUUCUUUCGUGUUAGUGUUUUAGUUAGUUGCUUAUGGUUAAUUUAGUGUAUAAAACCUGUAAAGUAAUAUGCAACUUUCCUUUGUAGAUGACUGUGGCUGUUUUUCCCAUAUAUGUUGCAGGUUGCAGAAUAAAGUUACACUGCUUCCAUUGAACCUGACUCCAGUGAAAUACGUAGAAAUAGCAGCAGAGCAAAACAGAGACCGUCACACUGGCAGUGCCCAAGAGAGGAAGAUGGCAGAGGAGGCUUUCUCUUCUGUUCGCCAGUGGCUUGGAAUGAAGGAGGAGGACAUCAGCUCCAAGUCACUGAAGCGCUUCAGGAGAUUUAUUCUCGACAAAGAGAAACAGAAAGCCCCUACUGCAGCUGUACCAUCUUCGUCCUUGUCUGGUCCUGUCCCAUCUGAAACAGUGGUUCCUCCGUCUGCUUCAGUGGCCCCUCCGACAGCAACAUCCCUGUCACCUUGGCAGGAUGAUACAUUGCGAGCUCCCCAUCAACAUCCAGACAUUGGAAAGUUUACACAUCUUCCGCCGCAAACUAAAAACACACCUCUUCCUUGAGUAACAUUUUUGAAACUAACAAUUUAGUAGCACUUAAAUGGCACUUGCUCAUAGCACUUUGAACUUUUGCUUUAUUUUUGAAGAAAUUGCACUUUUUUGAUUCUUGUUGUUCUCGGUUUGUACCCUCAGGGUUGAAUGCACUUAUUGUAAGGCACUUUGGAUAAAAGCGUCAGCUAAAUGAAAAUGUAAUGUAUCACAAGAGACUGAGCAGAUACAACUUCUUAUUGCACGCACAAAUGGUAAAAGAGUCGAAUUACAAAUGAGAAUAAAACACUUUUCGCAUUAAAAUUAACAUGUAAAGAAUUAGGUACAUUUUGGCCGAUACAAAGUUCCAAUACAGCUGGACACACAUACAUUACAAACCUGUGGUUUCAUUUUGACUUUUGACAUCAUUCAAAAACUUUAUGAGCUGUUGGCUGCGGCUGGUCUUACAGUUCAUUUUUGUUAGUGAAACAGGUAAAAGUAUAAAGAAUAAGGUCCCUGGAGACAAGUGUUGAAUACGAACAGGGAUUGAAGUAAACACAAAUACACUUUAUCUUAUCAUGAGAUCAAGUUUCUCAAUUAAAGAAACAAUACUUUUCAUUAGAAAAGUAAAGGUAGCUUUUUCUUUCAUUUUCAAUAUAUUGAUGCAUAAUGUUUCAGACGUGGCUGUUGUAUACAGAAAGUGUGAACGACUCUGAUUGGUAUAAUUCAAUUGGAUUCAUUUAUUGUUAAACAUUUAAAUCAGGGGAGAGCGCGAACGCAGUCCCCCACUACCAGAAAUUAUGCAAUCGAGAUUCCCACAUUUGGGGAAUUCGCGAGAGCCUGGCGAGUGCAUAGCCGUUGGAAGUGUAGACAACGGCGGCCGCCCAUUGGCUCGGAGUCUACCCUUGUCUACACUUGCCGGCCGCUCAUUGGCCAGGAGUCUACACUCUCCUCCGAAGUGUAGACAACGGCGGCCGCCCAUUGGCUCGGAGUCUACAGUUCCCUAGAGCCCUCCCCCUCCCCGACGUUCGCACAAGAAGGAGCAGAGAAGAGACUCCUCACAGCACCAGCUCAGGAGACACAUCUCAUCCACUGAGCCUCGUUAGCUGCUGCUUCGGGGAGGGGGAGCGAAUUCAGCGGCGAUGGAAAAAGGUGCUCUGGGCCAUCAAUACCAGAAGCCGCCGACGCGCAGGGAGCUGCCGUCGCCGAGGCUUCUGAGAAAAGCCUACCUGAUCUAUGAGGCAGAGCACAUUGAGGACUACCGGACACAAAUCAUGUCCACGUUCGGGAAAGUCCUCAAGUAUGACUCCACCAGGAAGAUCUGCAAGAAGCUUUCAGGUCACGGAAGAGGCACUGCAGAGUGGUGCACCAACGUGGCCAACGAGCUGGGGCAGGUCCUCAUGUCGGUGUUCACCUGCGAGGAGUCUCUUACGUGCCUGAAGCCCAUGGCUGACGGCCUCAUGGAGCGCUACAGGAGAGCAGGAGAGGGCCCUCCUGAGCUGAUGUAUGUGGACCGUGGCUGCUGCAGGGUGCAUGGUGUCUCCUCUUUGGAGCAUCUCUUCAGCGACUGGGCCAACAGUGGAAUGCUGGUGCGGCUGGACAUCUUCCACUGGAUAAAGCGCUUCGAUGCGGCCGUCCGGACAGACCACCAUCCUAAAUAUGCACUGUUUAAGUCUGCGCUCUCUGCAGCUGUCUUCUCCUACAAUAAGGAUGACAUGGCGCUGCUCAUCCAGGCCAUGCGUGCAGGAAACACGACCAGGUAUGCCUCGCUGACUGACGCGAAGAUGAUUGAAAUCUACGUCAGCAAAGAAGAUCUCCGCCACUUUGUCAGGAGGAUCACGAUGGGAGCCCAGGAGUCCUUCCUCCGUGUGCAGACAGCCAUCAACAGCCUGAAGGGAGCAGCUGGGCUGGAUGAGAACCAGGUCCCUCUGUUUAAGGACGCUGCAGCCAUCGACCGGGUCUGGGAGAACCAGCAGAAGCACCUGGAGUGCAUUCAGGAUCCCCCAGGGAGAGACAUGUCCACCGUGAGAGGAAGCAACAGCCUGGAGGGGAUCCACUUCUCUCUGCCCCGGAUGAUCCCAGGGCCCCACUGUGCUGCACCUCCUCAGUGGCAUCGAUCGCUGGAACUCUGA